AUGCAUCGACAAUGCCAAUGGUUGGUGCUGCUCCUCGCUGCUUGUUUGAACAAGGCGACUGAACAUCUGGCUGAUCCUUCUCCACUCCUGAAAACAGAAGCUGCGAAACGAAUCCUAUCUCUGUACAGUAACAGUAGCGUAAUGGAUGCCUUGCACGGAUUGCUAAACACACAAUGGCUGCAGUCACUGCUGAAGGUCUAUGAGAGUCUGCAUCAGUACCUGAGGAGAAGGCCACCACCAGUCGUGCUCCAGUCAUCUGUACUUUGCCGAGAGGUGACAGAGUUGCUUCGAGGAACUUCUCGUUCUAUGGACUUCCGAGAACUACACUGGCUCCUUGGAAAACCUGAUUUCCAGGCCCUGCUCUCUGCCCAUGACACUGUGGCUCAGAAAGACUUCAAUCCCCUCUUGCCUCCACUGCCAGAUAACAUCCCUGAAGAUGAGGAAGCCUUGAGGAUAGUGUGCCUGGUGAAAAACAAGCACCCUUUGGGCGCCACUAUUAAACGCCAUGAAGUGACCGGAUCCAUCGUGAUAGCUCGAGUGAUCCGAGGUGGCCUCGCCGAUCGCAGCGGGUUGCUGUUUGCUGGGGAUCAGCUGGUCGAAGUUAACGGGAUACCUGUCGCUGGGCUGAAGCCUGAACAGAUCAUCCAGCUCCUGGCCAAGUCCGAGGCCAGCGUCAUGUUCAAGCUCAUUCCAGUGUCACACCGGCCAGCAGGCUCCUCUCAAAACAUGCUUUAUGUCAGAGCGCUGGUGGAUUACUGCCCUCAGUAUGAUCCCGCCAUCCCCUGUUCAGAAGCCGGCCUGAACUUCAGGAGAGGGGACGUCCUGCAGAUUGUCGACCAGACGGAUGCGCUGUGGUGGCAGGCCAAGAAUGUCACAACGCCCUCGAGAUGUGCAGGCCUGGUUCCCUCCAACAACCUGCUGAAGAGGAAGCAGAGGGAGUUCUGGUGGUCACACUCCUUCCUGUUGCACACUUGUAACAAAUCGACACUCCUGAGUCCAGUGGAAGAAGAAGAGGACAUGGCAAUUGCUGAGAAGUUUGUUGAAACAGAUGAAGAAACCUUUGAAUCAGAGGAACUAAAAGAAGAAGAUGCUGAAUUCAAUGGAUAUAACCAAGGAUUGUACAUUGCGGGGUUCAGGAGGAGUAUGCGACUCUGCCGCAGGAAGUCGAGGAGCAGCCAGUUGCUGUGCUCCACUCGCUGCCCGAGCAGUUGUUAUGCCAGCACAGUGUCACCGUACGAGGAGGUGGUGAGAUACCAGCGCAACCCCACCGACAGGCACAGGCUGGUCAUCCUGGUGGGUCCCUCAGGAGUCGGGGUGAAUGAACUGAGAAGAAGGCUGAUUGAGUCCGAUCCACAUCUCUUCCAAAGUCCUGUACCACAUACCACCCGGCCACCAAACAGCUACGAAGAAGACGGGCGGGAGUAUUACUUUGUUUCCAGGGAGACGUUUGAAGAAAUGGCCCUGAGCCACAGGUUCCUGGAGUACGGCGAGUACAAAGGUCAUCUAUACGGCACCAGCAGGGAGGCUGUGCGUCUGAUUCUGGACUUGGGGUUAAUUUGUGUCAUUGACCUGGAAGCACAGAGAAUUCCAGAGGCACGAACAAAGGAGCUAAAACCCUUCAUCAUAUAUAUCAAACCUCCAAGCAUCAGGCGUCUGCAGCAAACGCGAGUGAAGAGCUCCAUCAUCACCGAGUAUUAUGUGAACAGGUCCUUCAAGGAAGAAGAUUUACAAGAGAUGGCGGAUGAAUCUGAGAAGAUGCUGGACUAUUUUGGAUACCUGUUUGACUGUGUGAUUGUGAAUGAUGAGCUCUCGGACACCCACAUGCAGCUACUCUGUGCUGUAAAGCGAGCUCAGGCUGAGCCACAUUGGGUACCAUCAGCUUGGCUUAAUUCAGACUCAGGUGCUUAA